CAUGUUGAGGAAAAGCGAACCGCGAAAAGAACGUGAGUCACACAGCUCCAAUUUUAUGCUUUCAGGCUUGCCAUGAGAUCUUCAUUUAGUGUCUUGCAUUCCAGUGGCAAACUCUUCCAGCAAUACAUCGUCGAUGCAUAUGUCAGAACAGAAGGCGCACGUCUACAUUACCUUCGCUCACAUCAACAAGAUUUGCGUAUAGAGCAAUACAGGGGACUUAUGGAUGCUGUCACUGCGAAAGCAUAUCACCAUGACCUCCGCCCUGGACAAUUGAUCAUUCUUCCCUCUACCUUUCAAGGCAGUCCAAGGUACAUGCAACAGAACUACCAAGACGCAAUGGCAAUUGUCCGCAAAUGUGGAAAGCCUGACUUAUUCUUAACCUUCACCUGCAAUCCUGCUUGGCCGGAAAUCUGCAACGCCAUUUCCCAUCAUGAGCAAAUAGAACACAGACCUGACAUCGUUGCUCGCGUCUUUCAUAUAAAACUGCGACAUUUUCUAACAGAUAUUCUGGAAAAGAAUAUUUUCUGCAAUGUUCUCGCUUACAUUUGCCAUAUGUUACUUACACUUGACUCACAAUCCAAAAUAACGACGAAGGAUGAUAUAGACAAAUAUGUUUGUGCUGAGCUUCCAAAUCCUGAAAUACACCCUCGACUUUUCCAAAUUGUCACUAAAUGCAUGGUGCAUGGUCCGUGUGGCACGCUCAACGCCAUAUCACCUUGCAUGAAGGACGGCGCCUGUACCAAAAAUUUCCCGAAAGACUUCAACUCGGAGACUCAAGAAAACACACAAGGAUACCCUAUAUACCGCCGAAGACCAGGCAGAACUGCCGUUGUUGGCAAAUACGAUAUCGACAACCGUUGGAUAGUUCCUUACAAUCCGUGGCUUUCUCAGAAAUUCAAUGCUCAUAUUAACGUUGAAGUUUGCGCAUCCAUUAAAUGUAUCAAGUAUCUUUAUAAGUAUGUGUACAAAGGACACGAUGCUGCAUCAAUUGCACUUCGCAGGGAGCCAGCUGAUGAUGUUAUUCAACAUGACAAAAUACAGACUUUCCUUGACGGUAGGUAUGUUAGUGCUCCUGAGGCUAUGUGGCGUUUAAACGAGUACAGCCUAUCAGAAAAAUCUCACGUCAUUACCCGACUACCAGUUCAUUUGCCGGAACAACAAAUCAUCUUCUUUCAUGAGGGUCAUGAGAAACAAGUGCUCCAAAGACACGCCCACAAAAACACUACGCUGUUAGCAUGGUUUGAACUCAACAAAACAGAUCCUGAAGCUGUUGACUUACAUUACACUGAUGUUCCGCAACAUUACACAUUUCAAAAAUCCUCUGGAAAAUGGAAAAAGAGAAUCAGAGGAGGCACAAAAGUGAUCGGUAGAAUACCUGUUGUUGCCAUUAACGACACCGAACGUUAUUACCUCAGACUUCUCCUUACCCGUUGCGUGGGGAUCACAAGUUUUCAACAUCUACGAACAGUCAAUGGUAUCGAAUGUGACACUUUCAAAGAAGCUUGCCAAGAAUUAGGUCUUCUUAAAGACGACAAGAUAUGGCAUGAUACUCUUUCAGAGGCAUCCCACAUAUGA